AUGCCGAAAAGCAGGAGGGUAAAAAAAUGGUCGAAAACAGAAGAUAGCGAACUCACUAAAAAUUAUCACUUGUGGAUGCUGAAAGCAGAAGUAGAACAAGAAAGUUUUGAUUCGUUCCAUGCUGAUGAACUUUCACGUCAGCAACACCUUUUUGAGCUGAUGGAGAAUAAAUCGCUGAAUCCAAAAUGGCUGACAUCCGCUGAUUGUUUGAAACGACAAUACAGCUCUGAUGAUCUUUAUGUAUUACCUGCUUUCAGAGGAAAAGCCUUUCAUCAUUUAUUGUCAUUAAAAUGCAGAAUAUAUGGAUCGCUGGCUUUACUUACAUCACUCAAACAAAAAGAACGUCUUCCAAAACGACAUUCGCCUAUUUGGUCCACAACUUUGCUGGGAUCAGUUGUCUGUUUCAGUGGAAUCGAAAUAAAAACAAGAUUAAUGUUUUAUAAGCAGCAAAGUUCGCUUGUAAAAGCAAUGGGUGGAACGAUUUCAAAAGCAUUUACGGAAAAAGUCACUCAUUUAGUUGCCGACUCUCAGAAUACAACAUCCAAAAAAUUUACUACUGCUAUAGAGCUCUCGAUUCCAGUACUGUCAGUUAAUUGGGUGUUUGAUGCGUGGAAUCAAGCGAAAAGUUUUUGCGAAAGUUCGUGCGUUGAUGAAUGUUUCACUAGAAAACAUAGGCUGAAAAUUUUUGACAAAUGUGUAAUUAGCUGCUCAGGUUUAGUACCUCAUGAUCGUUCAAUUCUUUCGCGAUUAGUUGAAGCAAACGGUGGUGUUUAUUCGGGGAAUAUGAAGAAAAAUCACUGCACUCAUUUGGUGACAAACAUGAAUUCUGGUGAAAAGUAUAAAGUUGCUCACAAGUGGGGUUGGGAUCAAAUCAAAAUUGUUCGCUUACGAUGGAUUACAAAAAGUGUAGAGGAAGGGCAUCGUCUGCCAGAAAAGAUGUUUGAAACGAAACCUAAUUCUGAAAUUAAAUGCAGUACGCCAUUGAAAUCGCAGCUAAUCGAGUUUCAAGUUCCUCCAAAUUUAGAAAUUAGCAAUAUUCCUCGCUCAUAUGACCAAAACGAAGGAGAAAUGUUAUUAACCAACGACAAACCAGUAUCAAAUGAAGCUUCAACAGUACGUGCAACAAAAAAUGAAUCUCAUUUCAGUGAAAUCGUUGAAUCAAGACUUUUUGAAAGCAGUUGUAUGAAAAUGAGGCAUGUACAAGAAACGAAUAUAAUAUCGGAUCCUAUUGUGCCUCUCGACUUAGAUGCUUUUCAAUUCAAUGAUUUCAUGAAUAAAUGUGUCAUAUAUUUGUGUGGAGUUGCUCAUGAAAAUUUCAAAAAAUACAAAUGGCUUACUAACAGAGUUGGGUCACGUCGUCGUGAUCAGCUGAUAUACGAGGAUAUUACUCAUGUUGUGGUUGGCAUUCAAAAACUCGAUUGGGAAUUAAUCGAGCAGCUGAAAGAGAAAGCACUCCACAAUGUGAAAGUUAUCACAUGUGAAUGGCUGCUGGACUGCAUCAAAGCUCAAAAAGUUUUAAAUGAAGAAGAUUAUUUAAUUUUCAAGCGUGAGGAAGAUGAAUACCACAUUUCAUCCCACACAUUAAGUGAGGGUGAUGUAAGACGGUAUAACUACAGCUGUGGAUCGAGAAGAAAAGCUAAAUUGAGAAUCACUGAAGUGGGAUCUAAGGUCCUUGGUGAUGCGGUUAGCAAGUUGACGAACAAAAAGUCAGGUUGCAUGGAUAAUAAUGCGGAUAGUGAAUUACUUAUUGUCGUCGAAGAAGAGGAUGAACAUCGUUUGUUCGCCGGAUUAGUAUUUCGAAUCGUUGUUAGAGAUGAUAAUUUUAGAGACAGACUUGUUUGCGAUAUUGAAAGACAAGGAGGAAUAGUAGAACGAGAUACAAAAUUUUGGGUUAAUUAUAUGGUGUGUGAAGUGCUAGAUUAUCUGCUUGAUGUCAGCAUGCCAGAUUUUAAUUGUGGUGAUAUUGUAUCGUUGUUUUGGCUCCGAGAAUGUGUUGAAAAAGGAGCAAUUAUGAAUGCCGAAAAGCAUCCUCUUUACCGACCUGUCGAAGCGAGUAAUGUUUUAAAAAUUUUUGAAGGACAUACUAUAGGUUUGAGUGCACUGCCGGUUGAGGAGAGGAAUAUAUUUGCUGCAAUGCUUUAUAAAUUUGGUGCAAAGGUUUAUUGUCGUCUGAAGCAUGACACGCACCUAAAUAUCUUUACUCACAUAGUAACCGGAUUUGAAACCCUUCACUGUGAAGAAGCGAGACAAAUGGGGAUACCUGUUUUAGAUCCAUCUUGGAUUCUAGAAUCUGUAGUUCAAAAUAAACUGCAACCCGUUGAGCAUUAUUUGUUUUCUGAUCAACUAUUCAAAAAUUAUUCACGAAAAGACUACUUAUGGACGCAUGCCUGUAAAGAUAAACAAUAUAGUGCUAAAUCAAAUCAGAACUGUGUUCAUGAGCCUGCGGUUCAAGCACCAAUAGAUGAUAAUGAAAAAAGAGUCGAUGUAGACUUUCCCAUUCUAGAAGCUGCGCAAGAAAUGAUGGGAAACGCUGAAGUUCAUGUGGAAAAUCCGGGGCUAGGAAUGCUGAAUUAUAGUGAAGAAAGUAUUGCGCAAGUACAUCAACAGAAAUCUGUUGGUGAUAAUUUGGUUGCAGCUUUGAAUUUCACAGAUGCAUAUGAUUACGUGAAUAAAAUGAAUACACAAAAUACUUCUCGAAAAAGUGAUUCUUGGGUAGGUCUCUAUAUAUCUAAGAAUGAUACAGCUGUAGGUCAAAUACUUAAUGAAGCAGUAAUUAAAACUGCUCAGGCUCAUGAAACGGUUCAUAUAUCUCCAGGAAAAGCAGUUUGUGACUACAAUCGUAUACAAAUCAGGGAAAAUAAAAGGAAAGCUACAGAGACUAUUGCAAUUGGGCAUAUCAACAGUCCCAAAAAAGUCAGGACAAUAAUGGUUGAUAAUAUUUGUUCUUCAGAUGCUUCAAAAGAUGAAAAAAAGCGAAGAAUAGCUGAAAGAUUAGCUAAAUUAGCUGUGGAAAAAGAAGAGUUUAUGAGAGCAAGAGAAGCUAAAAAAGAGAUCGAGCGCGAAAUGGAAAAAAAAGAUAGGGUGUCUCCACCUGAAAAGUUCGAAAUGCGGUGUACUGAAAGAAAGUUCGUUGAACCACCUCAGCCAGAAUGUUAUGGAUGGAAAGAAAGCAGUCCGAGGCCACUCGCUACACAAAUACUCAAUCCUUUUGAAACAGAUGAAAUUGAGAAGAAUCACACACCCCCACCUAAUGAAGCAAACGAACAAAAUGAAGACGAUAAGAAAUGCGAUGUACGAGUUUCUGAAAGUACUGUAAUGGCAGAAUCAUUUGAUGUACCUGUAAGAAGAAUAUGUUUCACGUCUACUACAGGGCAUGAUAGGAAUCUUUUGAUGUCAAUGGUUCUGGAGCUAGGUGGUGAAAUAUGUGAUGAAUUUGAUGAGAGAGUAACUCAUUUGGUUUGCGGACGUAUUGUGCGUAAUGAAAAAUUACUUUGUUCAAUUGCGAAAGGAUUGUUUGUUAUUGAUGAGGAAUAUGUCCUUGACUCCUAUGCUCAGUCAAAGUGGCUUGAAAUUGAUGACUAUGAAUGGGGAAGUGACUGUUCAUUUAAAAAGCACCAAAUCAUGUGUCAGCGUUUUAUUUCUUUUGCUUUGGCUUGUCAUCGGUGGCGAUUGAAAAUAGAAAAGGAUCCGACUCAAAAAGCCUUUUUUGGUUGGAAAGCGUUAUUUUAUUGCAGUCGUCGACGGUUUUUAGAACUCAAACGUAUCAUAGUUUUCGGCGGUGGGGAAGCGAAUUUAAGGGACGAUGUUUGUUCUUUACAAGAAUUUACAAUUGCCCUCAUAGAGAAAUCUCGAUUUUGGAAUUCUAAAGAGGUGACCGAACUUAUUGAAAAUAAUAUUCCAUGCUUUGGUACGGAUUACAUUGCUACUUAUUUAACACUAGAAAGACGAGAUGAAAUGGAGAAUUAUUACCACCAAGAUUAUGCUAAAGAAUUGAAACGCAUAUCUCGAACAUAA